AUGGGAAGGGCUCCUUGUUGUGAGAAAGUGGGAUUGAAGAAAGGGAGGUGGACAGCAGAGGAAGACGAAAUCUUGACCAAGUACAUUCAAGUCAAUGGGGAAGGUUCCUGGAGAUCGUUGCCAAAAAAUGCAGGAUUACUAAGAUGUGGGAAGAGUUGCAGAUUGAGAUGGAUUAACUAUUUAAGAGCUGAUCUCGUAAGAGGGAACAUUUCUGUGGAAGAGGAAAGUAUCAUCGUUAAGUUGCAUGCUUCUUUUGGCAAUAGGUGGUCUUUGAUAGCAAGUCACUUGCGUGGAAGAACAGACAAUGAGAUAAAAAACUACUGGAACUCUCACUUGAGCAGGAAAGUUUACAGCUUCCGAGGGUCAAUUAAUAAAGACAUCACCGAGCCAGUGAUCGUCGAUAUUCCUCCCAAGCGGAGAGUUGGUAGAACCAGCCGGUGGGCCAUGAAGAAGAACAAAAUUUAUGCCCAAAAUGGUGUUGAGAGACCUAAACAAAGUGUCACUCAUCAAAAUAAUGAAGUAGUUCCGCUUCCUCCAACCCCUGCACUAGAGAGCGAAAACUGUUCUAGCACGAUAAUGGAUUUCAUGGUUUUGGACCCUGCAAAGGAAGACAAGAUAGAUAGAGAAGAACUAGCUGAUGGGUCAAGCACUAGUUCCCAUCAGCAAGAAAUUACUCAAGAAGAUAAAGAAGGAGGAGGCACUACACAGUGCCUCAACGGUGAGAAAGAAACUGACGAUUUGUUAGGACCAUGUCAGGAGGUUAUUAAUGAUGGUGAGGUGUUUUGUUUUAAUGACAUCAUGGGCACAUGUUUUAUGGAAGCAAGUGGGGUUUUGACCUCUGGGGAAGAAAGAGACAGCACUGAUGAUGUCGUGGGAAAUGAAAAUGGGGACACGUGUACUGACAAAAUGAUAAAAAGUGAUGACCCAGAGAGUAGUGUGAAUCACAGCUCGAAUGGGGAGUUACAUUCUUGCUCUUCCAUGGGUUCUAUGGAUGAUUACUGGGAUUGGGAGAGCUUCAUACAGUUGAACCAUGAAGAGGAGUCAGUGUCAUGGGAAAACAAUGAAAAAAUGUUGACUUGGCUGUGGGAUGAUGAUGAUUGGGAAAAGGAUUUUCUGAAUUUUAGUGAUAUUGAUCCUGAGAAACAAACUGCUAUGAUUGAUUGGUUUCUCGCUUGA